UGAAAAACGGGAGCUGGACCCAGAGACAGUCAGCAUCUGUACCAAACGAUGAAGAUUUUGCUGGAUUCUAAUAAUUUUGCUCAAAAAUAAAGAAAACGAGAAACAGCGGACAUCAUGUAUGGUUUUGUGAAUCACGCCCUGGAGCUCCUCGUUUUGAGGAAUUACGGUCCGGAAGUGUGGGAAGACAUCAAGAGGGAGGCUCAGCUUGAUAUUGAGGGCCAGUUCCUCGUUAGAAUCAUAUAUGAGGAUGGCAAAACAUAUGAUCUUGUUGCAGCUGCAAGCAAAGUUCUCAAAGUUGAUGCGGGAGAGAUCUUGCAGAUGUUUGGCAAGAUGUUUUUUGAAUUUUGCCAGGAGUCAGGAUAUGACACCAUCUUACGCGUGCUGGGCUCAAACGUUCGUGAAUUCCUGCAGAAUCUGGAUGCUCUCCACGAUCACCUGGGCACCAUUUAUCCCGGGAUGAGGGCUCCCUCGUUUCGCUGCACCGAUGCAGAGAAAGGAAACAAUCUGAUUCUUCACUAUUACUCGGAGAGAGAAGGCCUGCAAGACAUAGUGAUUGGGAUCAUUAAAACCGUCGCUCAGCAAAUCCACGGAACAGAGAUAGAGAUGAAGAUGAUCCAACCCAAAAAUGAGGAGUGUGACCACAUCAAAUUUCUGAUUGAGGAGAAGGAGUCAGAGGAAGAGGCGUUCUACGAAGAUCUCGAUGGCUUUGAAGAGAACGGCACACAGGAGACUCGAAUCAGCCCAUACACAUUUUGCAAGGCCUUUCCAUUCCACCUCAUGUUUGACAAGGACCUGAUGCUCACACAGUGUGGGAACGCCAUUUACCGAGUCCUGCCACAGCUCCAGCCGGGUACCUGUAUCCUUCCUUCAGUUUUUUCUUUGGUACGUCCUCACAUUGACUUCAGCUUUCAUGGCAUCCUUUCCCACAUCAACACUGUCUUCGUUCUUCGUAGCAAGGAGGGCCUGCUGAAUGUGGAGACUGUAGAGAAUGAGGACGAGCUGACGGGGGUGGAGAUCAGCUGUCUGAGACUGAAAGGACAGAUGAUUUAUUUGCCAGAGGCUGAGAACAUCCUUUUUCUUUGCUCACCCAGUGUUAUGAACUUGGACGAUCUUACACGGCGGGGACUCUACCUAAGUGACAUCCCGCUGCAUGAUGCCACGCGCGACCUGGUGCUGCUGGGCGAGCAGUUUCGUGAGGAGUACAAACUGACCCAAGAGCUGGAAAUCUUGACGGAUCGCCUCCAGCACACACUCCGAGCCCUGGAGGACGAAAAGAAAAAGACAGAUAGAUUGCUCUAUUCUGUCCUGCCACCAUCUGUUGCCAAUGAGCUGCGACACAAACGCCCGGUGCCGGCAAAGCGCUAUGACAACGUGACCAUCCUCUUUAGUGGCAUUGUCGGGUUCAAUGCUUUCUGCAGCAAGCACGCCUCAGCUGAAGGAGCCAUCAAGAUCGUCAACCUGCUCAAUGAUGUUUACACACGCUUUGACAUUUUGACAGACUCUCGGAAGAACCCUUAUGUAUACAAGGUGGAAACAGUCGGUGAUAAGUACAUGACGGUUAGUGGCCUGCCCGAGCCGUGCACACACCACGCAAAGUCGAUCUGCCACCUUGCUCUCGACAUGAUGGAGAUUGCUGGACAAGUGAAAGUGGAUGAUGAACCAGUGCAGAUUACUAUUGGGAUCCACACAGGAGAGGUGGUGACCGGAGUCAUUGGGCAGAGGAUGCCCAGAUAUUGCCUUUUUGGAAAUACGGUCAACCUCACAAGCCGUACAGAGACGACGGGUGAAAAAGGAAAAAUAAACGUGUCUGAAUAUACGUACCGGUGUUUGCAGUCUGCCGAGAAUGCCGACCCUCAGUUUCAUCUGGAGUAUCGGGGCCCGGUCACCAUGAAAGGAAAGAAGGAGCCAAUGAAGGUGUGGUUUCUUUCCAGGAAGCCCACAGACGCUUAAGGAUCAUCGAAGGAUUACAUUAAUGCGGUCAUGUCCUGUCACAUUUUGACACAGGGAUGGGUUGGAUCAGGUGACACAUAUGCAGAUAUUUUUAUUAUGAUGAAACACAUUUGUCUAUCCGAACACCCGCCUCUCUCUACGUACCCAUGGUCUGCCAUUACCUCACUACAUUUUAUAGCUGUGUAGCGUUUCAUCGAGAGGUCCGUGAUACAGUAUUUGGUGCAGUCAAGUUUGAUACGUUUGAUACAUACAAAGUGGUGUAUUAGACUACACACUAAAGGUUUUAAUAAACAAAACAAUUUACAUUUAUUGAUUAUUUUUAUUUUAGUUUCCAUUUUUGUCUGCCGUAUUUGUGUAGUGUGAAGCGUGCCAAAAAAAGACAAUUUAUAGCCAAAUUAAGUAAUUUCAGAAUAUACUUUAUUUUAUCAUCAUCAUAUUAAAUUUUACAGGUACAGAAUAUAUUAAAUGUAGGUAAAAAUUUGACUAAUUAGUUUAAUGAAAAUGACUGUAGAGCUUACAUUAUUGUCCUUGUUCACCAAAUGUGAGAAUUUAUAGUUUUACACUGAAUAUAUUACACUGGCUUCAAGAUUAUUAUAACAAAUGAGAAUUUAGAUUUAGACUAGAUAUUAUUAUAUAUAUAAUACUGAUGUCAAAUCUUUGUCAUAAAAACUACUGUGCCAACUACAUUCAUAUACAGUUUUACAUUACACAGACUUACUUGUAUUUUUAAAAGCCACAAAUCAUAAAGCAUUUGAGCCAUUAGUUCUUUACAUGUACCCAUUACUUAAUUAUUAAAAUACCCUUAGUAUUAAAAGCACUUAACACUAUUUUAUAUAUUUAUGUUACCUCUGUACACAUUGCACAAUCACCUCAUGUCUGCUUAAAUGAUAUUGAAUGCUAUUUUCAGUUCUACUGUAUGUUACUGAGAUAAAGCUACAUAUUUAUUGUGUCAUGUUAUUUUGUAUUUAUUCCUUUUUUGAGAAAAGAACCGUUAUUACUUUUAGAAAUGAAAAAAGAAAACGUAUGGUAAAUUUUGCUAUGUAUGACACUACUUUGUGCCUCCAUCACAUGUUGGAUUGAUCUCACUUGAGUUUAUGUACUGUAUGAUUUUUCAACAUAUUUUCCAAAUUCACUAUUAAUAAACUAAACACAGUGUCCUCAUU